AAUGAAGAUGCUUUUAUAUAUAUUUCAGUCUUUGCUCAGCUGUUUUCUUUCGUUUGCCCUUAUUCCGAAAAAUAUAUCUAUAUUAUAGAUUUUCCUUAUUUUGUAUAUCUCUCUAUAUUGAGACGUGAUUUUUCUGUAAACUGAAAUUUAUUUCAGAUAAAAAUAAAUCCGCUAAUAUAAAGAACGUAAAAAUUUAACUGUAGAAAAAUUAUCGUGAUACUAUUUCUAACAAAAGAACGAAUAUCUAUUAAUGAAUAUCUAAUCUAAAAAUAGAGAUUGAAAGAAAAUUCCAAAACAAAAAGGUACUUGUAAUAUUUACUUUUGUUUUAGUAGAGAAAAUGUGUACAUAAGUGCAGCUAAAAAGAGCAAUCACCUGCUGCUCCGUUGCCAUUUUAACAAUGGCUGAUGGUAUAAACAUAGAUGGCUGAUUUUAUGAAUGUCAAGGCGUCUUUGUGAUGCUUUAUCGUGCAAUUAUGUGCUUGUAUAUUUAUUUUUCGUAUAUUUAACUUACAUUAAGUAUAACAAUGUCUAGCACAAGCGUUCGUAUGUGCUAACGUUUUAAAUAUUUAUCAGUUCUAAGUGAUCAGUCUACAUGUCAGAAUUCUGAUUGAAAAUGGCAGACGAUCCGAAUCGUGACAUUUUGCCUGUAAAGGAAGGCUCUAUCGCGGAUACAAUUAUUUGUGGGAUAGAUCCUAGGGAACGUCAUCUCGUUUGUAAGCUCGAUCGCUAUCAGUUAGAGGACAAGUAUCUACGUUUACUCGAUGAGACGAACAAUCUGAAGAAAUUAUUAAAUUGCCAGGAAGACAAGAUUAAGCGACUUGGUACAAAGCUAAUUAGACUAGCCAAUAAUCCAAGGUGCGGAUUAGCGUUAGAUGUUGUCGAUAAAAACAGAAUGACUGCACUCGAACUCGAAAAUACCAAGUUGAAGGAGAAAAUCGUCGUGAUGAAAAAUCAAUUGUUGAGUCACACGAUACACGGUAGAUCGUUAUCGCGCAAUCGUAAUCUCGUUAGGCCAUCGUCUUCCGGGUUCGUGACGUGUCGAAGUGAGAAUACUCGCACGAGAGUACCGUCUUGUCAGUGUAUCGUUGGAGCAGGGGACGAUGAUAACGAUAUGCGAAAUUACAUCCUUAAAAUCGAGAAAUUGGAGGCGCAGAAGAAAGAUAUGGCAAAUCGUAUAGCAGAGUUAGAGAAAGGACUAGAGCUUUCGACUAACACUCAAAAGGAGAAGAUAGCGGAAAAUGUAGAAUAUAUACGAGUCUGGCGACAGAUGAAGCAACUGAAUGAUAAACUAAUGAUGGCCCAAGAGAAAAACGCCACGCUGACCAAUGAAAUUACCGACUUGAAAAAUACUCUUGAACGAACGACGAGGAAUAAUCAAGAGAUUGCGGCUGUUCUUAUGUUAGAGAGGACACGCAUAGCUGAAAUUGACAAUCAGAUGUUAAAGGCGAAAAAUUCACAGCUCACUUUACGCGAGAAAGAUGAACAGAUACGGGAUUUUAUGAACGAAAUUAAGAUAUUGCAACAACAUAAUAAUGAGCUUAUUGCGCUUACUUCGAAAUAUGGUCAAGUCGAAUUCGAGAAUAUGGAAUUAAGAAAAAAGCUUUCUGAAAAUUCUCAGAAUCAACAAUCCUUGAAAAUAGCAUUUAAUAAUGAACAGGCUAAUAUUGUAACAUUAAAGGCAACAAAUGAGCGAUUACUCGCGAAACUUCAAGAAUUGCAGACAAAUAUAGAUACCUUGACGGUGCAAGUAACGUCCUUUUAUAAGCAAAACAGAAAGUGCGACGAUGUAAACUCAGAAUUAACACUAUCAUCAGACAUAAAGCAAUGCAUGAAAUGUUGUGAGAUGUAUGACAAAAUUAUGCAGCUAGAGAAAUCUGUCGGCAACACACGAGAAAGUUUGCAAUUGACGGAUAAAUCAGUACAGACAAUAAUUAUCACUGCCAGUAUAAAAGAACAGAGUACAAUGACGAGAAAUGAAGAGGAAAUAAAUGAGAAAAAAGUAUCGUUGCAAGAAUGGAAAACAAAUCCGGAAACAAAUGUUUUAUCUCGUGAAAAAAUAUUAAAGCUGUUGGAUCAGGCGCAGAUUAACACACCUCUAGAUGCGUCGAGGAUGACUCCGAAAAAAGAGUAUACGGGUAUUUUGGAUAUAUCUCAGAGGCACAGUGAUGGAGAAAUAUCUUCUCAAUUGCUUCGUGACGAAUCGAAUUCUGAGGAUUCACAACAAAGGCUCGCGGAAAAUUCGAACUUAACAUUAAAUCAAAUAUUUCUGAUUCUAUAUGAAGUUUUGCAAGAGUAUAUGUCGUUUAGUAAUGCUGAUGAAAGAACAUUUUCGAGCCAUCAUGUUUCUACGACCAAGAAUUCAUUAAUUAAUAAUGAUGCUAAUAACAAUAAUCUUUCUGUGAUAACUACUGAUAUUAAGCAAAAUUGUCUUCGCUCAGAUGCAGUGAAAAAUUUCGGUAAUAAUAAUUGUAAUAACAGGAAUUUUACAUGUGAAAGAUCUGCAACUGUCUUAAUGAAAGAUACUGUUUCAUCGAGGAAAAAUCCGCUUGAUGUUAAUUUCGUUCCUAUGAUUCACGAGAAAUACAGGAAAUCAUACCGCGAUAUCAGUAAAGACUACGCAGAAAAGACUGUAAAGAAACUGAAGAGAUUGACGCCGCACUACUCUAGAUGUAAUUUAACGUGUCACUUGCGCAAAGCGAAGGAUCCGAUGUCGCUGGCAAAAGAGCAGAUCUUACCCUAUAACAUCGAGUGUUUAGAUGACAGUAUGAAAUUAUCAUUGUGCCCGGCGGAAUGCUUUCCUCUAUUAAUUACUGAUAGGCAAGGUCUUAUUGAGAUUCACAUUUCGCGACUGCAACUUUCUACAUCGGUUGCGAAAAUUCCAGAAGAAGAAGACAUAUGUAAUCUUCAUAUUUACAUAAGCUGGGACAUUUGGGGCGAAAAGACCGCUUACACGCCGAAAAUGAAGUGCCCCAAUCUGAUCUUCAAUUCAUCUUCUGUGUAUCGUAUAGCGGAUCUCUUUUCUUUCUUCAAGAACGUACUAUCAGAGUAUCUAGUCUUCCGAGUGAACAUUGUUCGCCGAAACAAUACCAGCUCCACACUUGCCCGGGCAAAAGUCUCUAUCAGGGAUAUUCUUGAUUAUCCGCAGAAUAAGUUACAUUAUGUUGUACCUGUGAACAGCGUCAUUUCUUGCUUCUUUGGAGUCAAUUUUGGUCAGCUAUCGCUCUGGGUCCGAUUGAGCUGCAACGUCGACAUGGUCGAAGCCUUUAAAAAGCAAUGCGGUAUAACAUCGCUGCGAGACAUUUUCCCUGAGCCUUUGUUAAAAAAGGACAUAAAUGGCAUGCCAGAGAAACGUUUUGUUUCUUCGGUCGACGAACCGACGAUCAAAGAUAUACCAAAGAUACACCGGCCAAAGGAUGAAGAUCUAAAAGACAAAGAUUUAAAAGAUGAAGAUGUAAAGGAUGAAACUCUAAAGGAACAGGAUCUAAAUGAUAGCGUGAUACGCAAAGAGACAAAGGACCUACAAGUUCGAUCGCCCUUAGACAUAACCGCAGAUUUUGAAUAUGACACUGAAUACUCGGACGAUUAUAAUUAUUUGGAGACGAAUAAUGAGGAAGAUUUAAAUUCACCCGACAACGACAGAAGCAAAAGAUUUGAAGAGAAUAGAAGAACUAGAAGAUCUCCAGAUCUCGGCGCACUUAUGGAUAGGAAUAGCCAGAGGCAAAGAAGCAAUCUGAGGGACGCAGCAAGCGUGAAGGAGUUUAGGACUUUAAUGGAGAAUCAAAACAAUACAAUAACUAUAGAAAUAGUGAGUAUACAGUUUCUGGAGAAAAGCUUUGUCAUGCAAGAUGAUGAGAUACAGUUGCUUUAUGUGGAAUAUACUUUCCUCGGACAUUGCGGCGAAAAUAUGGAAACCAUUUCUGUGACAAAGCCGGAAAUAGCUAGUCAAGAAAUAUUCUAUAAUUUUAAGAGAACAUUUCAAAUAGAUGAAAAGACACACCCUGUAGAGAGAAAUAUAUUACGCUCGAUGUUAGCCGAAUCUAUAAGUCCAACUGUCAAAUUUAUUAUCAUUAGCGAACCAUUACCUGAAGAAACCGAUAUUAAGGACUGUGAAGAGGUUGGUUACGCAAUUUUUAAUAUAAAACAAUAUGCACUUGGUGAUGGCAGCGCACAUAUAUCAUUGCCAAUCAAAGAUGACCGAAAUAGACAAAUUGGUACGAUGAAGAUCGUUGUGACGGGUUUUGAUGCCAUUCAACAAUGUUUACCGGAUAUUAACAACGUUUAGUAUGGCAAUGUGACAAACGAAUGUUAUAUAAGCAUCUAGAUUAUUUACAUCUAAUUAAAGUUCACGCGCACACACACAUAUGCAAAAGAUCAAUGUUUUGUCUGAAUUAGUCAAGAAAAUUAAAUUUUUAAUCAAAUUUACAAAUAAAAAUUUAUUUUAGAUUGUCUA